GUAGCCGAAACACUGCUGGAACGGGGACAAACCGUGUCCGUCGCCGAAGCCUGCACCAAUGGAUUGCUGGGGUACACCCUGGGAACCAUUCCCGGUGCGUCACGCUUCUUCCCCGGCGGUGUCAUCGCCUAUACCGGUGGAUUGAAAGAGAAAAUCCUCGGCGUACCAGACGAACUGUACGAAACCGCCGGCAGCGUGAGCCGUGAGAUGGCGAUCUCCAUGGCCCGCGGCGUCCUCGAACUGACCGGAACCGACUACGCCCUGUCCACCACCGGCGUCACCGGCCCGGCAGCCGGACGCAGCGGCCUGCCCAUCGGCACGUUCUGGGUUGGCAUGGCGGUGAAAGGCGGUGUCGACACUGCCAUCGAGAUACGCGUGGGCGGCGACCGCGACGAUACCAAGCACGGAGCAGUGCAGGCGGCCAUCAACCUGCUGGGCAAUCACCUGGCCACUGGCUAA